AUGACCCUAAUCCACAACGACGUGCUCGUUGUUGCCGGCGUGUCGGUGUGCAACGUGUCAUGGUUUAUUGUAGAGGCGCACAGCCUGCUGCUGGCCUCCGCCACCGCUGAUGCGGCGCGCAUCUUUCAGCAAGAGCAGCGACGACAGCAGCAGCAGCAGUCACAUGGUGACGGCAUGUGGACGGAGGACGAAGGGGUUCAGCUCGACUUUGUGUUCUACGACGCGAAAGUGAGCGCCAUGAAUGAUAAGAGCGAGGUUAUCGACUACACCUUCCUCACAGCGCAGCCGCGGCCGUCACAGGUGCCUGGCGAGGCUCUGGCAGCGUACCAGGCACGACUAAAACGCUGGAUGGAGGCCUGCUAUGCGUCGUACUACGCAGCGCACUUCAUUGCCCACCUGCGCAGCGCCUCCCCGGCGCUCUUUCUCGAAUACGACUCAGUGUCGAAGCUGAUUGGUACGGCAGACGGGCAGCGCCCAGUGCACGGUCUUGUCGCGCCGACAGUGGACGUCAGCGGCGACCAUCUCAUCAGCUUUACCAUACCGCUACUCCUCACAAAGCAUUCACUGAAGGUGUUUCAAUCCUUGAGCAACUUAGCAGUUCUCUAUUGCAAGGUGUCCCAUGCCAAGUGGAGGCCAUCUUAUCAGUUGACUGGCGUCGAGGUUGACGUGCACGCAUGCUUCCGCACGGCUCAGCGGACUGGGAGGAUUACUCUCAUUGCGGAGUCGGUGGUGUUGCGCCUCCGUGAUGCUGCUGCUGCUGGGGAGGCGGAUGCCAAGACGGAGGGAAAUGCUGCCGACUCUCUCAUCCCAUUACUGCAUAGCUGCGUCAAUUUGCAGGGCCUUCCCCGACUAACGAUGGCGCACCAGCGCGCCGGCUUUCUGGACUACAUUCCACGGCUGGAGCGGGCGCUCUACCGCCGCAUCCGCGAGCCGUUGCACUUCAUGAAGCUGGUCCUGGGACUCAUGGCGGACUUUGGCAGCCCGAUCGACGUCAGCGUGAGCUGCAGAGGACUGACGGCGCCGGGUGACGGUACCACACUGCCGCCGCCGCCUUCACCACCGAUGCCUAGAACGGCCACGUUCUGUGUCGUGGAUCGCACCACAAAGUUGAGCUUCACCAUUGGGCUCCAUUACCAGAGCGGUUAUGACCUUCCAUCAGUGGAGACGACGUGCAACCAGUAUCUGGACGCCAGACACGGUGCAGCGGUCUCUCGCCGGGUGAGGUUCUUAAAGAGCCCCUCGAGUAUGCGCACGGAUGACAACGGCUUCCUCGAUAUCGAGGAUCUACGCGUCACGGUGGUGCACGCGACACUCGAGUGCAUGUCGGCUUCCGUAGCGCUGGCCUGA